UGAGGGAUAAUAUCCAAACUCAGUUGGUAGGUGUCUGUCAUGCUGCACCUCCAUAAGGCAGCAGAAUUAUUGAUCGUUCCACAUGGGUGCAUGUUCCUGAACUGGAAGAAUACAUUUCAGAGUGCAAGCUGUUCUGUUCCUCCCAAUCAGCCUGUCUGGAAUGGUAUCUUCUGGAGUUGGAAUCUGAAGUUUUGCCUUUCAAGCUGAUCAGCUCCAAAGAAUCACUGACUUGUGGCUCUCCUCUGGCUGGAAGAAGCAGCUUUUGUGUUACCGGCAAAGAAAGGGCAGAGGGGAGAGUUUCAAAAGACAAGCAGCUCCCAGAGCACACUCCAUAGUUCUAGAUGUGAAUCAAUCCCAUGAUGCAACAUGUCUCCCCAGCGCCAGCUCUGACAAUGAUGGCCACACAGACUGUGCCCCCUCCCCCUUAUCAAGAGACCCAGCAGAUGACUGCCACAGCACAACAGCCGGCAAAAGCACAGCCAGUGCACAUCACCACACCCUCGGCAGCCGCCAACACUCCUAUCCCCAGCGCUCCCAUCGACCCUCAGGCGCAGCUGGAGGCUGACAAGCGGGCUGUCUACAGGCAUCCUCUGUUCCCCCUUCUGACAUUGCUGUUUGAGAAGUGUGAGCAGGCAACGCAAGGCUCUGAAUGCAUCACCUCCGCCAGCUUCGAUGUAGAUAUUGAGAAUUUCGUACACCAGCAAGAACAGGAGCACAAACCAUUCUUCAGUGAUGACCCUGAGCUGGACAACCUGAUGGUAAAGGCCAUUCAGGUGCUGAGAAUUCAUCUACUGGAGUUGGAGAAGGUGAAUGAAUUGUGCAAGGACUUUUGUAAUCGUUACAUCACCUGCCUCAAAACUAAGAUGCACAGUGACAACCUACUCAGGAAUGACCUUGGGGGCCCCUACUCCCCGAACCAGUCCUCCAUAAACCUACACACACAGGAUAUGCUGCAGAAUUCUCCCAACUCAAUGACUGCAGUAUCUGGCAACCCCCAAGGAAUUGUGGUACCUGCAUCAGCGCUGCAGCAGGGGAGCAUCUCCAUGACGACGGUCAACUCACAAGUUGUGUCAGGUGGAGCCCUUUACCAGCCUGUAACUAUGGUAACGUCUCAGGGCCAGGUGGUAACCCAAGCAAUCCCACAGGGGGCUAUACAGAUCCAAAACACACAGGUUAACCUGGACCUGACCUCUCUUCUUGACAGUGAAGAUAAAAAGUCAAAGAACAAACGGGGAGUCCUGCCGAAGCAUGCCACGAAUAUCAUGCGCUCCUGGCUCUUUCAGCAUCUUAUGCACCCUUACCCAACAGAGGACGAGAAGAGGCAGAUUGCAGCACAGACAAACCUCACGCUCUUACAAGUCAACAACUGGUUUAUCAAUGCCCGGCGACGUAUUUUGCAGCCCAUGCUUGACGCAAGCAAUCCUGAUCCAGCUCCAAAAGCAAAGAAGAUCAAGUCCCAACACCGGCCCACUCAGAGAUUCUGGCCCAACUCUAUUGCUGCUGGAGUCCUACAGCAGCAAGGAGGCAACCCUGGUACUAAUCCUGACGGCUCCAUAAAUAUGGACAACCUGCAGUCUCUCACUUCUGAUAAUGCCACCAUUGCUAUGCAGCAAGCCAUGAUGGCUGCUCACGAUGACUCACUGGAUGGGACGGAGGAUGAAGAAGAGGAUGAAAUGGAGGAGGAAGAUGAAGAAGAGGAAGAAGAGGAGCUGGAGGAGGAUACUGAAGAGCUCCAGACAACAAAUGUUAGUGACCUUGGCUUGGAGCACAGUGACUCACUUGAGUAGCAACUUACAGUCUGUCGGUGGAGCUGGAUGCCUCCAGAGAAGCUGUUUGCCCUGCUUGCCUGAAUUGUUGGCCUGAGGAAUUGUAGAGAGAGCCUGAACUUUUACCAUCUGAGCUCCAUGUCCCUUUAAAGACAUCGUUCAGAUUCAAUGAGGACAACCCUUCUUGAGCAUCCCACUUGCUUGUACUCGGUUGCAGCCAUGUGGACACGAAGGCACAUUUAAGAGACAUGCCAAAAUGUGCCAAGUGAUUAUUUAAGUGAAGGACACGCGUUUACAAGGCACAUAUUGUGGCCAGUUGUUCCCCUCUCUCCCCCACUUUGUUUUUGAUAAUAACAAACAGAAGUGUUUUUAGGGUAAGGCCGUUUUCUGUAUGACUGAAUGUUUUAUGGAUGUUCUAAUGCAAAGCCUUUUUGUGACAUGCAGCUGAGAGGCAAGUCUGUUUUCAUUUUCACUGCUUUUAUGAGAGAUUUAUAGAUGCAAAAAAGAGAGAAAAGAUUGAUGGUUUUUAAAAAAAAUGAAAGUAAAAGACUGCAACAGUUAUAAAUAUCUAGCUGUAGGGGGGAAAUAUCAAAAGUUUGCAAAUGUGCAAAAAUUUAAAAAGUGACCCAUGAGAGAGCUUAAUGCUGGACCCAAGUAGACUCGCGGUUGCUUCUGAAGAACUCAGUUCCAAGUCUUCAGAAUUCUCAUCAGCCAGUGUCUAAAUCCCAAAGCUUAGAGAGGGGCCAUACUUUGCAGUGAAUGCAACCAAUCCGUACCGCACUGCAAGCUUGACCCACUUUGCUGGGGAAGAGCAAAGCUUUAGGCCUCUAAAUGGAAUGCCCGAAUUGUAACGUUUAGUUUGGUCCCCUGCUACAGAGUUGACAUACCCAGAACGAAUGCCCCUGAAUAAUUAUGUUAAUUGUUUAGAGGAUCAUACAUUGAAAAGUAACAUUUAUGGCUUUUUAUAUGUUAGUUGAGAAUGAGCAGGCUCAGAUUUCCACCUGUUGGCAAAAUAAGAUGUCUUUGCUGGCCCAGAGAUCUCUCGGAUUUCCAAACUAAGGAAAGGUUUCUGGAGCAAAACAGAAUUGCUAGACAGAGGGUAAGAUAAAUUGCCUUUUUGUUAUCUCCUGUCCCUGGAGCUCCCUGCACUGUCAGCUUUUUAUCCCAUGAAGUUCUCAGCCACUCUGAGAACAUCCAUCUCCAAAGAUCCGCAAGACCCCCAAGAAACAGCAUUCAACUUGGGUGCAUUUUAUCCAUUCAGGACUGAGAUUAGAUCCGUAACAGUUCUUCCCAUUGUCACCAUGCCUCACGAGUGCUACAAAGGGCCAGAGCACAUGUUAGAGUCAUCAGGUAGGGGGUGCUUUAAUUCUUUUUAAUGGGGUGACUGGCAUGAGAUGGUAAGCCUAUCAGGUGCAGCAACUUGCCAUGUGGAUUGCGCUAUGUUCUCCACACUGCCUCAGACCAUUUUUGUUUUGUCCAUUUGUUAACAUGAGAGGGGAAGAAAGAAAUCAACCAAUCCGCAUAAAUAGUUCGACAUAGCCUUAAGACCGUCUUUUCAUGUUUCAUAUUUUCCCACCAUACCCCAAAGAGCUGCUGAACAUGGUAUGUAAGAAUAAACUAUUGGUUUUUUAAUUCAAAUUAAAAUCCCUAGCAACGUAGCUGUUAAAUCCAGUCAAUCUAGUCACCAUACCUCUGUGAUUAGACAUGGCCCGUAUCUGAACAGCCAUUUUCCUUAGGCACAUGUACACAUGCCCCCGCCAUCUCAAACAGCAGGUCUAAGGCCAACAAAGGAGUCUAUUGUCUUUGCCACAGGGAAAUAUGGCACCUGCACGUUCCUCCUGGGGAGCCCAGCCACUCUUACGCUGGAAGAUCGUGUGUGUUAUUUUGCUCUGAGCAUGGAAACAUUUUGGAACAUAUGACAAAAGGAGGAUCAGUUGUUAUGCCUGUGGCUGACAUUUAAAACUCUAAAACAUGCCUUAUGAAACGCUUCACAAACAUCAUCAGGGAGGGCUGGAAUCUCAAGGGUGGUGUAGAUAGAUGGUCUAAUGUUAGUUUAUCUGAGUUUCCAAAUAUGGAAAACUAGGUAGAGUCUAACAAACUGGGUCCCCCCCCCUUUCAACAAUCAGUGAACAAUCUGGGGGAAGUGCUAGCAAGAAUUUGGGGGGUUGUUUUGUGCAGAGACCACGUCUGGACAAAGUUGCCCGACAAUGUCAUCCUCCCAAAUCCACACAAUUAUCCCAUCCAGCCAGCUGUUCCAGGUUCCAGCGUUCAGAGCAUUCCUGCCCAGGCCAGCAUCUCUUACUAGUUUUGAGCCAAUCAACACGUGUCCUUGGAUCAGGUCCCUCCACUAAAAUGAACGCUCAACUUCAUGCAGGCAAGAAAAUUCAAAGAUCUUUUAAAUUCAAAUGCGUCACUCAGGGUAUGUCUCUGUGGCAGCUUCAUCCACUACUGAUUUUAGUAGGAAAACUUCAACCCAAUGAACAGAGCAGGUCCCAGAGUGUGUCUGUGUGUGGGGAGACCCUAGAGAGACUGAAUCUUCCAUGCAGGCCACUGCUUAUUUUUGCCCCACCAUCAUAGCUUCUACCAAGAAGUGUGAGAGGAUAAGAAAAGAACGUCACCUGAUGUGGGAGGGUCCCCCCCCCCAUUUUAAAAAAUGACAUGCAAGCUAGAGUGGUAUAGUCCACCCUCCCAUCACUGGAGGAGUCAGUUCUUGUGUGUAUAUGAACCUUUACGCUUGAGUAUAUUGAAAAAGGGCCUCCCAAACAAGAAAUUUUAGGGCUGGCUAUUCCCAGAAAACACCAUUUCACUGGAUGGUGAGUCGGUGACCAUAUCAAGAGCUGUUCCCAAAUUUUGCAGUCCAUGGCAACAGCAGCCCCCUUGUGAAAGGAGAAGCAGCACACAGCCAGCAUUCCAUAGGGCUAGUGGCGGGGGGGGGGGUCAGUUGUGACUUGAAAUAGCCAUCUUGCUUCCAAAAUGCUUGUGGCCAAAUGACAAGAUCAUUUCCCCACUGCUGUUUGGGACUUCUUCCUCCCUUUCAAGCCAGAGACAGAAUGGUCUUAGAGAUAUUGUUGUCUCUUCUGUCACUUAAAUUUAUUUCCUUUGUUUUGUACAUUGUGCUCAGGAAAAAAAAAAACCUCCAGUACCACCUCCCCAAAAGAAGGAAGACAUUACUUAUCAGCUCGAGAGCAGCCGUUGGGGGCCUUUGGAUCAGCAGGAUUUCCCAUGUCCCCCAACACGAAUGUACCUGAAAAGAGCUGGUGUUUAAUGGGCCAGCAGAGCUGAUGGGAAACUCCCAUAAUCUUAUUUAUAGUUGUCAGUGUUAUCAAUUCUGUUAGGGGACUUUUUUGGGGUUUUUUUAAUGCAUCCUUUUGAUACUGUAGCUACAAGAAAAGUCCCUUUCCUUUUGCAAGGCGAAAGGAAAGUUCAUUGGGGAGGUGUAUCUUCCUCGCUCAAAAAUGCCGCCCUCCUUGCUAACAGUUUUUGCGCACCUUCCUUGAUGCCUCAUCCAAACAAAUCCUGAACUUCCAAGGCAAAGGCUGUGCCCAUUUUACUGUUUUCCUCCACAUUUGAAGCUUUAUUUUCCUAUAAAAAUUCCUGUCUCUCGCGAAGCACAGUUUUCAAUUUUCUCCUCCUUUUGGCUCUUAGAGGAGUUGAGAGGUUUAAUGAAUCGCUUUACAUUAAGGGUUGAAAUCAACAAAUAAUUCCUUGGGAAUGUAUCAGAAUAUCAGUGGGCCCCUGGAAGCCCAUUCUGGAUACUGAUAUGGCAUGAAUGUAAUAUGUAAUUUCAUAGAAAACAAAUCAUUGUAAUUUAGUAUUCAUGUCCAUUUAUUAUAAAGUGCUACCAGAUGAGAUUUUCCAGCUGUAUUUUAU